AUACUCUGUAUAGCUUGGACAUCCGCACACAAUGCUAUCAGCUAGUAGAUAAAUUCUUUAGAGAGAUGGAGUACCCAUCGGGUACGUUUGCGGGACUGGCAUUGAUGGAGAAUGAAGUGGGGGAGGACGCAUACUUGUACUUGGGAUCUGAGGACGGGAAACUUUUUGAAGUGCAGUUGAACAGGUCUGCCAGAGGCUGCGUAUUAGAACCGGAACCAAGCAUUCCCCCCGCACCUGAAGAUGCCGUAGAAUCAGCACCAAGCAUUUCCCCUGCAUCUGGAGAUGUAAUCACUGUUCUGGUAACAGCUGUGGUGGCUGGCACAGUCGUCGCCAUCAUAAUCGUUGCCAUCUUGAUUUGCCUAUGGCGGAGAGCGCGCCGCCGACCAGCUGGUCCGGAACGUGCCCUGGAAGUCGGUGAGCAAGCGACGUCAUCUUUACCGGAGGAUGAAGCGUUGGGCGCGUGGGGAAUUAAGCCGUCGCGGGUCAAGCAGUUCGCUUUCAGAGUCCUGUGGGAAAGUACGGACAAAUUCAGCGAGGGUCGAAGAAUUGGGGAGAAGGGAGCGUUUGGGAAGGUUUACAGGGGCUCGCUCGACGGCAAGGAGGUCGCGGUAAAGGUGAUGACGGGCGAGCUAACGGACAUCAAACGGAGCCAGUUUGUGGUUGAAGUGAACACCCUCAGCGGCCUCAAUCAUGCUAAUCUCGUACAACUAGUCGGGUACUGCCUCGCGGGCGAUCACUGCAUCUUGGUGUACCCGUUCUUCAGAGGAGGCAGCCUGGACGGGCGGCUGUUCCCGAAGGCCGUCACUGGGAAGGAUGCAAAAGCGCCGGAGACAGGCCAAAUUGUCGAGGAUCCAUCCCCUCCGCUGACGCUUAUGGAGCGCAUGAGCAUCGCCUUCCAGGUUGCCAAGGGGCUCGGCUACCUUCACGACGCCGCCAGCCCCCCGAUCAUCCAUCGGGACGUCAAAAGCAGCAACAUUCUGCUCGGCGAGGGAUCUGGCGAGAAGCUUCACGUCGUCUUAGCGGAUUUCGGAUUAGCAGCCAUCGGCGAGAGGGUGUUAGACACAGGACAUGACCACGUCGUGAUGACCUCUCACAUCGGCGGCGCUUUCGGGUAUAUGUCGCCCGAGUACAUGCUGAGAGUAGAGCUGUCCGAAAAGAACGAUGUGUACUCUUACGGGGUACUCGUUCUGGAGCUGUUGACGGGCAGGAAGGUGGUCGGGCCGGCUCCUUCCGGGUUCGAAUGGCAGACGCUCGUCGAGUGGGUGAAGCCUUUCCUUCGAGGGGCAGUCGUCCAGAGCGGAAGCAUGGAGAUGCCCUACCCGAUACUCGAUCGGUGCGUGCGGGAUCAGGUGGCUGAGGAGUCCAUGAAGAAGAUGGUGAUGAGCACAUUCGGACUGGCUUGGGAAUGCGUGGAAGAGGAGUUUGGGUCCAGACGAGCGAUGAGAGAAAUCAUUGAGCGCAUUCACAGUAUGUUCCUGGAAGUGGGUUGGGAUGGCCUGACGAUGAUGAUGGUGGACCUAGAAAACGAUGCGGAUGAUGAUGCCGUAACCGCUACAUGAGGUCUCAAGGAAUGAUGAAGCUGCGCAUCCGCAUUGCUCACCACAAUACAACGGCAGCCACAUGAAGCCGCCCAGCACGUAUGGUCAGCCGAAUUGUUAAUUCCCCCACACCCCGGGUUGGGGCGGAGAGGGGGGGGCGCGGGGGACCGGGGGAGGUGUGAAGGGAGUAAUGUUUGCUCUACACAAUUAUUCAUUUAAUCAACACAAAUAUUACAA